UAGCAACAGGAACACCGGAAACACCUUAUUUAGGAGUCAAAACAAAAGCGUUAAACUUUCUUUUUUGAGCGGAAUAAACGGGUCAUUAGCUUAAGAUACGACACAAAACAACAAGUGGGAGAAUAUGAUAAAAUAAACAGCGAAAUUAACGCCGUAAAACAUGCUAACGUCCACUUUUCGGUAACGGUAAAAUAUCUUGACCGGAAGUUGCAACGGACAAGUUAGCCGUAACUUUUCCGAGCUUCAUGCAGGCUAAAAACUUUCUGCCCUCCCCCCUCUUCCACUCACUCCCUCCGUCCUUCCACACUUCCAUCCAUCCGUUCGUUGUUGUCGCUACAGCGGUGAUGGAGAAGCCGAGGGACCGCUACCGGCGCCGCUAAGCUAGCUAGGACUCAGCCCCGGCUAGUACACCGUGAGCGAGAGAGAAAGAGAAGGACACAGAGAGAAGAAAGUGAGAGAGGUGGGGGAAGAAGAAGACAAAAUAACGGAUAGCGGAGAGGUGGAAGAGGAUGGAAACGGUUGAGCAGCUCGUCUCUUUCCACCACAUUCAGGUCCAGCUGAGCGGGGGCGCGCCUUGGGGGUUCACGCUGAAAGGAGGACUGGAGCACGGCGAGCCGCUCAUCAUCACUAAAAUCGAGGACGGAGGGAAGGCAGCCCAGUGCAAGAAGCUGAAAGUCGGCGACGAGCUCAUCAACAUCAACGGGUCUGCCCUCUACGGCAGCAGGCAGGAGGCCCUCAUCCUCAUCAAGGGAUCGUACCGGAUACUGAAGCUCACAGUCAGGAGGCGAAACGUUCCUCUCAUCAGGCCUCACUCCUGGCACCUGGCAAAGCUAUCGGAGCCGUCCCUCCCUCCCCUUCCUUCGUCUCCCUCUCCACCCCCUCCUCCUCCACCUCCACCCUGCCUCCCCUCCGCUGACUCCCCUCCUCUCCCCCCUCCUCCGCCUCCGUCUGCCAUGCAGCUCCACCCCGGCCCCUACACACUACCCUGGCACACAACUGACAACAGUGACUUGUCCAUGCAGUGGGGUCAGCUGUCCAGACCUUACUCCUCCACCGACCGAAGCAGUUCCCUGGGCUCCAUGGAGAGCUUGGACACGCCGACGCCCACCACACAGCCAUACUCCGACUCCCAUAACUCACCCGUGGACCCCACCCUCUUCAACAACAAGAGAGACUCUGCCUACAGCUCCUUCUCCGCCAGCUCGAACACAUCUGACUACGCGACCGUGCCGCUGAGGCCCGGUGAAGCCUGCUCCAUGGAUAAUCUCCUCCAGAGCCUGGGGCCGGCUUGUCGAGGCUACCCUGGCGGCAAUACCUCGACCCUGGGGAGUUCAUCCGGCGAGGCCCCGGAUGAGGCACAGCUGAUUGCACUCAAAUCCAGGUCGCUGACCAGGCCGAGACCGAGGCCUGUCGAGGUGAAAGAGAGGCCUUCGUCCUGCUGUUAUGAGGAGGAACGGAGGGGAGGAGACUUUGAGAUUAUAAGAAAUGGAGAAGGAGGUUCAGAGAGAAAGAUGAACCCUCCUCAGCCUCCAACCAGGAAGGACAGUUUUAGGGCAACACGGAGUCGCCCUAAUGUCGCCAACAAACGUUGUGCUUCUGCACCUAUUGAAAUUUCCAGUGUUCCUUCGUACUAUGAUGAAAACAAGUCCUCUUUGAACGUUGAAUCAGGAAUUCACAAUGGCUUCUCUGCACCAGAGGAAAGUGACAAAACUGUGAAUUUCAACGAGGAUACCACAGACUCGCAUUAUAUCCAAAGACAAACUAAAGACAUUAGACAUAUCAGAUGUGACACGAGUGCUCAUAAAGACUUCAAUCUAGAGACCAACUCAGAUCACCUUUCUGACCAAGUGACACCCUCCCUAGUCCCAAUCACCUCCUCUCCUUCUGGCACCUUAGCUUCAGAAUCCUCUAUGGAGGUUCAAGGGCAGUCUCAUAUCACACACUCGCAGACCAAGCACUCCUCUACCAAUCUGCACCGGCACAGUGCUCCCGAGAAGCUCCUCGCUACACAACUUCAGCUACUGCAGUUCGACAGUGAUAGCUCUUCACUAGAGCCGUACAAUCCAUCAAACCCUUCUGAUCCCUCCUUGUCCUCUUGUAGCAGCCAGUGGUCCCAUUCCUCACUCCAGCCCUCGAAGGAAGACCAAGAAGCCUCUCAGAACCAUCUCCAUGCCCCAUCCAACAAGUGGGGAGGCAGCCGAUGUUCAACCCCAGGAUCUGUGUUCUUGGAUGGGGAUGGUGAUGAUGGCCAUUCAAGUGAGAGGCUGGAGGAGAUGGGUGUAAAUGGCGGGUCCCUUUCCCCAGUUCAGCAUCAUCACCCUUGGGGCCGCUCUGUGAGCGUACCAGGGGACCCCAGUGGAUUGUCAACCCAGGGAAGGUUGAGCUCCGACCAGUUACUGGAGACUGAUUUUGAGCCCAUUAGUGCUGCUGCCAGUAUGGAUACCUUACUGGAGGAGCAGAGAGCAGUGGACAAAGGAAGAAGUGGAGGGAAAAAAGAGGUGGAUGUAGAAGGAGAGGCAGCUACGAAGAAAUCAAACUCGUCGAGGAACCAUCGACGGAACCGUCGCCGCAGCGAGCGAUUUGCUACCAACCUCCGGAAUGAGAUCCAGAGGAAAAAGGCCCAGCUUCAGAGGAGCCGUGGCCCAGGGGGGUUGCUCUGUAGUGGGGAGACUGUCCAGGAGGAGGAGGGUUCAGACCUCCAUGAAGAGGAGGCAGACCCAGAUGUGCCUGCCCAGGAAAGAAGCACCAAAGUUGCAUUUGCCCCACCUGUAGGUCCCCAAGAUGUCGCAGUCUCACCAGUCGAGAAAUCCUCAAGUGAAUCAAUCAUUGAUGUCUUGCAAACUCAGCCUCAGUCAACAACCUACACUCAAAGCAACAACAUGUCCAGGUCUGUCCAGAUUCUGGAUCCAGGGGUGCCCAGUUUUGGUGUCGGCAUCCGAGUCGUGGAAGAGCCAGCCCCUGCCGGCAAAGCCCGCCGCUGGCGUUGGACACCCGAACACAAACUCCAACCAGAACCAGAACCAGACCGACGGUGUAGAGUCUUGGGUGAGAGGGUAUUAGGGGUAACAGGGUCACAGCAUGGGGUUUGCGCUUUCACCUCCUCCACCUCCUCCUAUGGUCGCUCCUCGUCAUGUUCUCGGAUGGAGGAGUCUGAUAUCCUUCCGUUUGCGGAUAGAAUGAAGUUUUUCGAGGAGACAAGCAAAGGCUUGUCUGGAUCAAAUGUUUCGAGUUUGUCGAGUCGCAGGCAGAAGAAACCCCCCAACUAUCCUGAGCACCAGGGAGGGGAGCCCAGUCUGCAGCCCACCCAAAGGAGAUACUCCUAUCAGGGGGGACUUCAGCAGGAAAGUUCCCUGCUCUCAGACACUAUGGAGGCCAGAAGGCAGUCUGUGAGUACCAGCAGGGAGAGGCAGAAAGAGAAGGAGAGGGAACAAGCGAGGGAGAGGGAGGAGAGGGCAAGGGAACGAGAACGGGAAGAGAGGUUGAGAGAAAGGGAGCGGCAGCUGGAGAAGGAAAGACAAGAGCGGGAAUUAGAGAUGGAGAGGGCGAGGCUGAGGGAGAUUCAGCGAGAGAGGGAACGAGAGGAGAGGGUGCGACAGUGGGAAAGGGAAAGAGAGAGGGAGCUCGAGCUGGAGAGAGAAAAAGAGAUGGAGAGGGCCAGAGAGAAGGAACGACUGAAAAAAGAAAGAGAGAAAGAGCUUGAGAGAGAAAGACUAAAGGAAAGGGAAGAAGCUGCCCAUCUCACAUCACAUCAGGAGUUUUAUGGCAAUUCCGGCAUCAAAGAAAAUCAUCAGGACUUCCAGCACAAGGACAACUUCCACAGCUUCCAGGCCAAGCCUCAGGCGUUCUCCCAGAAUCAAGUCCCACGCUCAGCUUUUUAUCCAGUCAUGUCCCAGCACCUGGAAAACCAGCAACCUCUGUACCAGGGAUACACAGCAAGAAGCUACACACCUACAGAGACGUAUCCCACCCGGCAACAGGAAACGACCAAGCUCAACAGGAAGUACAGCCUGACUGAGAGGGACUACCCGAGCUGGAGACGGGAGUCCAGACCUCCAGAGAGCCUCAACCAGUACCACCAGAGUCGAUGGGGCCCCAGACAACUCGACAGCAGCAGCGACCGCAACGGAUACGCAUACGCCCCCCCGCCUGCUCCUCUCGGGCUGCGAGGACGAGCCAUGUCCGAAAACGACCUCCGCUUCGACAGCAGCCACCGCUGGUCGCCGUCGAUCUCUGUGGCGACCAGUCAGACCCUGAGCGAGGUGGAGGAAGGAGCGGGCGGCGUGAGGCGGGGGGAAGCAGCGAGCAGUGCCAGGCAAAACAGGAGGAAGACGCCGCCUCCCCCGAGGCCGCCGCCCCCAAAGUGGGAGCAGUUCCACCGCAGGCGUGCGUCUCACCACACCCUGUUCUCCUCCUCUUCUUCAUCCACUGCUCCUUAUUCCUCCGCUCCCUCCUUCAGCGACACAGAAACGUCCAGGCAGAGGUCCUACAGUCUUCCUCCAGAGAGGCAGGAGGUGACGGAGGGCUGCCCUCGCUGCAGCUGCAACCAAACCCAAACCCAGGACCACGCCUUCCCCCACCCACCGUCCAAUCAGAGCCCGGCUCAGUUUCAGGAGCGGCCCUUUGCUGUCGCUCCGCCCAGUCCUAUGUUCUCCAGACGGGCCUUCAGACCAGUGGCCCCGCCCCAGAGAGAGAGGGAGGGGAGCCUGAGGAGCUCGUACGGAGGACAGCAGGAGAGGGUGGAGGUUGUUUCCUCUCUACCUCCACCUCCACCUCCAACAGACACUAACAUGAGCAGUUUGUCUGAGAUGUACGUCAGCCACGGUCCAGACCAGGACAGAGUCACUGUGAAACCUCACAAACAGCAGCACAACGUGAGACCUGGAGCCGAGUGGGACAGGUCCUCAUCUCCCAGAGUUCACAGCGAAACAGCGCUUCCUCCUCCUGAUGUGGAGAACGGAGGCGUUGGUGGGGUUUUACCUCCCGAGUCCUACUUCGCUAUAGACUACGAGCAGCAGCUGCGCAUGAACAGAGGCUACCAGAUUGAAGAGCAGCAGAAGAUCCCAGAACCGGGAACUGAAUCUGAGACCACCCUCAGCCCGAGUCCGGCGCACAGCCUGGAGGCCGACCUGGACGUCCCCAUGGAGACCGACAUCGACGACUUCCAGGAGGAGGAGCUCCCGGCGGAGGUCGAGCCGAUCACCAGCGAGCUCCCGUGCUUCGCGCUGCCCGUGACGGUCCUGGAGACGGACAUCGACACGCUGCCGGACUCCGAGGCGUCGCCGCCGGGCAGGAUGAGGGCGGAGAGCGGAUCCCUGGAGGAGGAGCUGGAGACCGGCGAGAGCAGCAGAGAGAGGCUGAGCCUGGAGGAGCUGUUCCCACACGGCAGCGAAGGAGAGUCGGGCACGGAGAGCUGGAGAGGAGCCUACCAGACCACGGAGCACAACACCGACAGCUUGGAUAGGCGGUCCGGUGCGAGCUCCAGCUGUUCGUCCUAUUACAGCACGUCGGCGGCCAAGGCUCAGCUCCUGUCGCAGAUGAAGGACUUCACCGAUAACAGAGACAGAUACGAGGACGACGAGCUGACGUACAAGAAACAGCUGAUGGAGAGCCUCCGCAAGAAGCUGGGAGUGCUGAGAGAAGCUCAGAGGGGGCUGCAGGACGACAUCCGAGCCAACGCACAGCUGGGAGAGGAGGUGGAGAACAUGGUGGUGUCGGUGUGUAAGCCCAACGAGGUGGACAAGUUCCGCAUGUUCAUCGGCGACCUGGACAAGGUGGUCAGCCUCCUGCUGUCUCUGUCCGGGAGGCUGCUGAGGGUGGAGACCACGCUGGAUACACUGGACCCCGAGACGGAGCACCACGAGAGGCUCCCCCUGCUGGAGAAGAAGCGUCAGCUCAUGAGGCAGCUGUCCGAGGCCCAGGACCUGAAGGACCACGUCGACCGCAGAGAGCAGGCCGUCAGCCGGGUGCUGGCCCGCUGCCUGUCCCCCGAACAGCACAGAGACUACAGUCACUUUGUGAAGAUGAAGGCUGCUCUGCUGGUGGAGCAGAGGCAGCUGGAGGACAAGAUCCGGCUGGGAGAGGAGCAGCUGAGGGGGCUGAGGGAGAGUCUGGGGCUGCUGGGACUGGGAAUGGGCAUGGGAAUGGGCAUGGGAAUGUCGAUGGGAUAUGGACAUUACUGAAAAGAAGAAGAACAUAUAUAUGAAGAAAUGAAGAAGAAGAGGAAGGAGAGGGGCUGUAGUCCCUUGAAACCAAACUGAACUGAGUCCAGUUUGAAAUUAAAACGAGAAUAAAAAGUUUGAUGUGAGUUUCUUAAAGGAACAGUUUGACAUUUGCAUUCUCACUGAGAGCUAGCAGCUGAUUAGCUUAGCUUAGCUUAGCUUAGUUUAGCGGAAAGCAUUGAAACAGCUAGCCUGGCUCAGUCCAAAAAUGUUCAACAUGUUAUUUCUCAUUUAUGUGCCGGGAUAUUCAUCGUCCAGGUGCAGUGACAUCCUGGGGUCUUUAUGCUAGGCUAAGCUAAGCUAAGCUAACCGUCUCCUAGCUGUAGCUGUAGCAAACUGUUCCUUUGAGGAUUAGCAGAGAUAGAUGCAGAAGUUUCAGCACCAAACCGAGAUUCAAAAGACACCUAAAGAGGCGUAAAUUCAAGAAUUCAGAAAGAGGAAAGACUGGACAGAACACUAAGAAGAAGAAGAAAGUUGGAUCCACAGAAGCGUGUGCAGUUCACUCUCAGCAAAACAUGUUGUCUUCAUUAACUCGAGGCUUCAGAAAUCAGACAAAUCUUCGAAUACGACAGAAACAAAUCAACAACUUCUCUCCAGAGCUGUGAUUUUGGAGCUGAGAGCACGUUGACAGAUGGAAAAGGUGACGAUCGGAUUUCUCAGAUCCUUGUUUGUGAGUAAAACAGCUGACGAAGACGAUUCCCCCCAAAUUUCCACCAAAAUAACAAGACACUACACUUCACCCUUUGCUUCACGUUUUGUGCCUGAAACACGUACUGUAAACCCGACUUUAGUCUAAACGUUAUCGCACGACGUUGCCAAAGACAUUUUCGCUUGAUGAAUGUGUCACUGAGACGCUGCUUAUUAUUAUUUUUAUUUUUUCUUUUGUAUUUAAAUCUCCCGGUUCAGAGAAUCGAAGGAGAAUUUUUGUUGGUGCUUCACACUAAGAAACUGUGUUUCCGUUAACAACACUAAAGUCAAUGUUGUGACGUUUGCAGCCUUAUUAACUGCCACUGGGAAGUUAGCUAAACCUGCGUUCACAAACACAUAUACUGUAUUAUCCAGCAUAGUAUCAUCAUAUCACCUUGUACUCCUCAUUACUGUAACGUCUACGGCUGUAACAUGUUUUACUGUGUGGAGUUUGACACUCUGCCGACUCAUUAUUUUGUCACGUCAUGAUUGUUAUGUACAGAAGACACUUGUGUUUAUAAUGUAUACGAUGUGUAUAUAGUGAUUUUUUUUUUUAAUGACUGGAAUUGGUUGUAAAAGAUGAACGUAAAGACCGAGGAAAGUUUACUGUAUAUUUAGGAUGAAUCCUGAGGAGAAGCUGGUUUUUGUUGUUGAGCUUGUUCGUUUUUUAGCUGCCAUUUUUUUUGCCCCAAAUCCAGUUAACUAAUUACUAGAGACUGGUGUUAAAGAAAAUAUUGGAAAAUAUUCUCAUUUGCUUUCUUCCUGAGAGUUAGAUAAGAAGCUACAAUCCAGCAGCUAGUUAGCUUAGCUUAGCAUAAAGACUGGAAGCAGGGGGAAACAGCUAGCCUGGUUCUGUUUAAAGUAACAAAAUCUGCCUAUCUUCCUCUAAAGCUCACUGAUAAUGUGAUAUUUCUUGUCAGGGCUGUGAGUAAUGAUUAUUUUCAGUAUCAGUUAAUCUCCUGAUUAUUUUCCCAGUAUAAUCUAUGUGUCGUUUGGUCUAUAAAAUAUCAGAAAACAGUGAAAAAGCACAAGGUGACAUCGUUAAAUCUUCUUAAAAAGGUCUUGUUUUGUUUGACCAACAGUUUAAAGGUGAGAAAUAUUCAAAUUACCAAAAUGUAAGACAAAGAAAAGUUGAAAAUUCUCACAGUUGAGGACACAGAACUGUAAAAUUUUUGCUUGAAAAUAAUCAAUUAUUUUUUAAAAAGUUGGCAAUUAAGUAAGGUUAGGUUAAUAAUUGUUGCAUCUCUGUCUCGCUUGUUUAAUCCCUACAGAACCAGGCUAGCAGUUUCCCUCUGUCUCCAGUCUUUAUGCUAAGCUAAGCUAAAUUUCUGCUGACUUCAAAGUGACAAACUCUAAAUUUAAAACUUGAGCAAAAUAGUUUUUGUUGUAGUUCAAAAUGACAGAAACGAAAAAGAACUCAAUCUGUUUUUCCCCGACUUGUGAAUCGUUGACUUUCCUGAAACACAGAGUUUAAACUCAAAGGCAGAUUCAGGUUAAUUAUUCACCGUCAGAUAACUCCUAUCUGCCUCCUGCUCCUCCAUGUCUCGUGAUUUGUGAUCUUGCCAAAGUCUCCCGAGCUUUAACCGACAUCCUAAACCCCGGACAGGUCGUCUUCUUUUUUUUUAACCACAAAAAAACACAGCAGCUCAACAAGAUGGAGGAGGAAAUGUGUAUAUUUUGGCUGUUGAAAGUUGAACAGACUGAAGUUAAGUAAAAACACAGACACUUAUCGUUAUCACUUCCCUUUUCAUCACUGGUUUAACUUCUGUUUAUUAAAAGUUGGUUUUACACUCAGUUUUUGUUCAUUUCCUGCUGUUCUAAAACCAAACAACCCAGACAUCCAUGUAUACUUGUUAAUUUUUGUUUUGUUCUGUACAUAUUACGUGUAUUCUUGUAUUAUAACGGCCAUUUUCUAAACCAACUGGAAACUUUUAUUGACUUGACGAGAGAGAAGAAGUUGUUUGUUGGACCAGGAAGAGAGUUUGUCUCUGUUGUUGAUGUUUUCCUGUGUAAUUUUGGUUUAUUACAAACUUUUUUUUUUUCAAAAUGCGUUUUGUUUUGUAACUGCAAAAACACUCGUGAGGAAAAAGUACCAUAAAUAAUAAUAAUAGUAUUUUAAACUA